ACACAGGAAUUAAGAGAGAAACAGACACAACUAGAGGACGAGAAACUCUCAUGAUCUUUCAUUAAACCAAAAUGGAGCAAAAAACAUUCAUCACUUUUAUUCUCUCAGCUGUCUUCAGUUCAUCUGCAUGUGUUCCACGUCAGUAUCACUUUGUGAAUCAGAAUUUGAGCUGGACUGAAGCUCAGAGAUACUGCAGAGAGAAUUACACAGAUCUGGCCACCAUCAACAACAAGAAUGACAUAGAAGAUCUGCUGAAGAGUGUGAAUGAUGGUCAGAUUCAACAUGUCUGGAUUGGACUGCAGAAGACAGACAGUUAUAAAUGGAAGUGGUCUCUGGGUGACCCUGCGUUCUACACAGGAAAUAAUUCACAGUAUCGUAACUGGACACCGACUCAACCGAAUCAUGAUGGUGACUGUAGUAACAUGAAUCCUGGACAAUGGAAUGAUAAUCCUUGUAAUAACAAUUUACCUUUCAUAUGUUACAAUGACAGCAGUAAAGGAUUCAUCCCUGUACUUCAGACAAUGACGUGGAGAGCUGCUCAGAUUUACUGCAGAGAGCAUCACACAGAUCUGGUCAGUGUGAGGAACCAGAAUGAGAAUGAACAGAUUAAUAAUAUCAGGAUUAAUGCAUUCACAACAUCUGGAGUCUGGAUCGGUCUGUUCAGAGACUCAUGGGAGUGGUCAGAUCAGAGUAACUCCUCAUUCAGAAACUGGAGGUCAAACAUACCUGAUAAUGUUGGGGGGAAUGAAAACUGUGCAUUGGUUUGGGUCAAGUCAGACCGUGGACAAUGGGGUGACUUGAGCUGUGAUAGUAAAUCUCAGUUUGUCUGUCAUGAAGAUAAACUGGUUUUGGUUCAACAGAAUCUGAGCUGGAAUGAAGCUCUGAGAUACUGCAGAGAGAAUCAUGUGGAUCUGGUGUCAGUUAACUCUGAACAGAUUCAGCGUCGGGUGAUGAAUGUGGCCAGAAAAGCCUCCACUGCUGAAGUGUGGUUGGGUCUACGUCACUCCUGCACUCUGGGCAUCUGGUUUUGGGUGAAUGGAGAGAUCUUGUGUUAUCAGAACUGGGCUGCAGGUAACGGGACAGGAGUGGAAGACUGCAGUGAUGCUGUGAGAGUUGGAGCAGUUCAGUCUGGAGGAGAUCAGCGCUGGAUCAGCCUUCCUCAAACUCACAAACUCAACUUCAUCUGCACCAACUAUGAUGAGUGACUGUCAGUAUGUUUACAUGCACAGUUUUAUAAUUCAGGUGGUUUUUGUGUAAUUGAGCUGCAUGACACAAUGUUUUAUCAAAUAUCUGAAGGAAUGAUGUCAGCUGAGGAAGUUUUAAAUGCAUGUUGUGCGUCACCUCUGUCUUUCUGGAGUGUAAAUACACACAAUGCCAAAGUCAAUUAUGCAGCUAUUAACACAUAUAAAGCCGAGCUGUAAUCGCAUUAUCUAGAUCUGUUAGUCUGACUUUACAUUCCUAAUAUUUCAGUCAGAAUAAAUAGUUUAUAUGAAGAAUUAUUUUUAGUCAGACUGAAAUGUAUCUUUUAAAGCACGUGUGAAUGAGGUGUGGAAGGAGGUUGGAUUGUCAUCAAAUUGUUUGUGUCUAAACAUUUCAUUUUAAUAAUUUGUUUGACAUUUCCUGUUUUUCUCCCUUUUUUUUGUUUUGCAUGAAGAUUAAAUCAAGCUGUAUUUCAUCAUCUCUACCUCCAUCAGUGGAGCUACUUUCAUGUUUUAUUAUUAUUUGUUCAGUAAUUGAUCUUGUUUUUCUGUGUGUUCAUUACUCUUUUGUUGGUUUGGGGAGGACUUAUACUUGUCUUUGUAAUGUUGCAGUCAUAUUUGAAUAAUGAAGUCUUGAAAUAAUGAUGAAGUCAAACACAGCAGAUCUGCUACUCGUCUCAUAAAGACUUGAUGAAGACAAUUUUCUCCUAAUGUUCUGCUCAAUAUUUUUAUAUGUAAUAUCUUUUAUUUUUCAUUACAGUUUUUGCUGUUUUGUGUUUGAAAUGUGUGGAAAUAAAUAU